CCAAUGUUUGGAACUCCUAAAGAUGGGGGCAUCCAUAAAAAAAGACCUGCAAAGAAGCCCAUAGAUCCAGGUUUGAAGACCAGCAAAGGCAGAGCAAAGAUCUUUGAUUUUUCUGCUCCACGAAAUAGUUGUGUGUUUCAGAGAAUCAAGAGAAAGAACUUUUAUCGACCAGAAUUAUUUUACUCCUCUCCUUUUUACAAAAAAAUUGUCCCUUUAUUUUUGAAAGACUUGAAAAAUUCGGUUUCAAUACUAGAUGUUUAUGGCAAUGUCGGAUUGAAGUGGCACAACAACAACUAUGUCUUGGUCAACAACUAUCCAAUUCAAAAUGUGGAGAUUUUUGCUCAAGUGGUUGACAUACAAUUUAGGGAUCUCAAGUCGAAAUACUCCAAAUUUAAUGAUAACAAAACUAGUAAUAACAGCUAUACAGUUGAUAAUUUGUAUUUCAUAGACAUUGAUGAUUCAAGUGGUUGUAAUAAUUUGACGACCUGCACCAUGAAAGAGUCCCUGUAUGUUAGCUCAAUUUUGGAGAAUAAAAGUGAAAUAUUUAGAAAUUGCAAAAGUCCAGCAAAUCCAAAUUCAUCGUACUUAUUGAUAGGCAAUUACAUUAAAAUUCAUGGAAAUGUGAAUAAUAAAUUCAGAAAGAAAAACAGAGCCAUUGAAAUUUCUAUUCAGAAAUUUUUUUUAUUUUCAAAAAGUUUGAAUGAUAAAUCCCAUUCAAAAGUUGAAAUUUCCUUAGAAAAAGAGCUAAAAUUUUGGGCUAAGACAUUAAAUGUCAGAGAUUCAAUAUUAUCCCAACCUUGGGAUGUUAAUAAAAAAUAUAAUUUAAAUUGUUUAAUCGAUAAUGAUGAUGUUCCAAGUAACACAACCGAAAAUUUAAAUUCAAAAAAUAUUAAUCAAUGUCAAUAUAAAGAUGAUAGCAGCAAUAGGAGCAGUGAGAGUGAAGAUGAUGAUAUCGUAUUUAUAGGUCAAAAUGAAAUAAAUACAGAUCAACAUAUAAAUCAAAUUUUUCAAGAUAAAAAUUACAUACUAGAUUAUUCUGAUUUUUUAGACAUAAUAUCUCUACCAAAUACUUAUUUACAUUCCUCCUUACUUUCUUCUAAAAAUUUAAUUUCUGUAUUACUUUUAAACAAUGACUCAAUUAUUAAUAUUACUAAUUAUCAGUAUGAAGUUCUUAAAUAUUUAAUUAUUAUUAUUACGAAUUUAUCACUGGAAAAAAUGCAAAAUAAAAAAACUAAUAUGGGAUAUGAUAUUUGUACAAAUAAUAAAAAUAUGCAAGAAAAUCAUACUAACAAUCAAUUGAUAUUUCUAGAGGAUGCUUAUGGUGAUAUGGUCCUUUCAAAUUUUUUGGAUUUGCUAACUUUAAGAUUAAAUUUAAAGGCAUUUCUAAGUCCCUCAAAUGAUUUAAUGUUAAAUUCUAGUUUGUUUGAUGACACUAUGUUUUUAGAUUUAAAGGGCGAUUUAUUCAAUAAAUAUUUGGAAUUUUUUGUGAAUAAUAAACUUAUCAGUUUUUCAAAAAUUAGGAUUAAUUUAAAUGAAAAACCAAUAAUACGUUAUGAAAAUUUAUUACAUAUAUAUAACAAAUUAUUAUUGUGGCUAAAACAAGUAUUAAAAUUAAAUUAUUCGAUCUACUUUAAAAAAUUUAAAUCUUUAAUACUAAAGUCAGAUGAAUCUAUACCAAUUCCAAAGUUAAUUGAAACCUUCAAGUUAAAAUAUAAAGAUUUUAAUAAAAAGAUUUUUACAACUGAAGAUAAUAAUUUAUUUAAAAUACGUUUAUUUUUGGAAUAUAUUGAAACGACCUUAUUUAUUAAUAUUAAAAGCACUGAUUUAGGUAUUAUAAUUCAAAAAUUAACAAAAUGGGUGAUUUUUCAGAGAACAGAGUUAAAAAAACUUGAAAAAAACUUGAUUUAUGAUUUUAUUAUUUAUUUGAGCGAUAAUCAAAGUAUUUGCUCAAGAAACAAAAGUUUCAAAUUAAUAAAAUUUGAAGAAAAAUUGGAAAUGUUUAAAUUGUUGACUUGGACUUUUGAUAAAAGAGAAUUGCAUUGGAGUUUAUGUACUAAAGGGUAAGAUUUAGAGUUACUAUGUUGAGAUUUUAUUAUUUUUGAUCUUAAAGAAAAUAUGUCUAUUAAUCAAAACAAAGAAAAAAAGAAAAAAAAGAAAAAAGAAAAA